AUGGCUGAUCAAGCUUCCGUUGACCAGGCGGGGGCUGCUGUCGCAAACCUCCAGCUCGACGAGGUCACCGGCGAGAAGGUGUCCAAGUCGGAAUUGAAGAGAAGACAGAAGCAGCGUGCUCAGGAGGAAAAGAAGGCUGAAAAGGCCGCCGCUGCUGCCGCCGCGGCGCCUGCUGAGGGCAAGAAGAAGAACAAGGAGGAAGACGAAUCUCAACUCACCCCCAACCAAUAUUUCGAGAUCCGCAGUGCCAAAGUCAACCAGCUCCGGGAGACCAAGGAGCCCAACCCAUACCCUCACAAAUUCCAUGUCACCGACGACCUCCGCAAGUUCCUCAAGGACUACGACUCGUUGAAGAAGGGAGAGCAUAUGACAGACAAGGAGGUGCGCAUUGCUGGCAGAAUAUAUACCAAGCGUACUGCUGGCGCCAAACUUAUCUUCUAUGACCUCCGUGCCGAGGGUGUGAAGGUGCAGGUUGCCUGCCAGGCCCAGGAGGCCUCAGGUGAUGUAUCCUUUGAAGCCCAGCAUGAGAACCUGCGAAGAGGAGACAUUAUUGGUAUCAUUGGAUUCCCCGGCCGUACCAGCCCAAAGAACCGUGAUGAUGGUGAGCUCUCUAUUUUCGCCCGCCAGGUUAUCCUCCUUUCGCCAUGUCUUCACCAGAUCCCUUCGGAACAUUACGGCUUGAAGGACCAAGAGCAGCGUUUCAGACAGAGAUAUCUUGACUUGAUCAUGAAUGACUCUUCGAGGAACGUUUUUGUUACUCGUUCUAAGAUCGUCAGCUACAUUCGACGAUACUUUGAUGAGCGUGACUUCGUCGAGGUUGAGACACCAAUGAUGAAUGCUAUUGCUGGUGGUGCUACUGCUAAGCCUUUUGUCACUCAUCACAACGACCUUAACAUGAACCUGUUCAUGCGAAUUGCCCCCGAAUUAUAUCUUAAGAUGCUGAUCGUUGGCGGUCUUGAAAGAGUGUACGAAAUGGGCCGCCAGUUCAGGAAUGAGGGCAUCGAUCUUACUCAUAACCCUGAAUUUACCACUUGUGAAUUCUAUUGGGCUUACGCCGAUGUGUAUGAUCUCAUGAAUGUCACCGAAGACCUUGUGUCUGGACUUGUUAAGCAUGUUACUGGUGGUUAUGAGACUGUGUUCCACACCCAGACAGGAGAAGAAUACAAAGUCAACUGGAAGGCUCCAUGGAAGAAGAUUGAAAUGAUUCCAGCUCUCGAGGAAGCCACCGGUGAGAAAUUCCCUCCAGGCGACCAGCUGCAUACCCAAGAGACAAACGAGUUUUUGAAGAAGGUUUUGAAGAAGGUCAACGUUGAAUGUACUCCCCCACUCACCAACGCCCGAAUGCUCGACAAGUUGGUUGGCGAAUUCAUCGAGGAGACAUGCAUCAACCCAUCAUUUAUCAUUGGACACCCACAAAUGAUGUCCCCGUUGGCCAAAUACCACCGUGAUCACGUUGGUCUGUGUGAACGAUUCGAAGCAUUCGUUUGCAAGAAGGAAAUCGUAAAUGCCUACACCGAGUUGAACGAUCCUUUCGACCAGAGAUUGCGAUUCGAGGAGCAAGCUAGACAGAAGGAACAGGGCGACGACGAGGCACAGAUGGUCGACGAGAAUUUCUGUACCAGUUUGGAAUAUGGUCUCCCACCAACUGGCGGAUGGGGUAUGGGUAUUGACCGAUUGGUCAUGUUCUUGACCGACAACUACAGCAUCAAGGAGGUUUUGGCAUUCCCAUUCAUGAAGGAAGAUAAGACGGCUACAAAGGAGAAGGAUCAUCUUGCUGCCGAAGUUGUUGGCGUCCAGCCUAUGCCUGUAGAGGGUAUCCCACACAAGUAA